AUGGCGACCUCACGUGAUGCGCCCCAUACAUUGAUCGCCGCUGCCAUCCGACGGGUUUCUAGUAGCUACAACCAACGAAACCUCGGCCCAAGCGUCGGCAGCGAAUUUGUCGCGCUUGUGAUGCCUGCUACAAGAGGAAGAUUCAGUGUGAUGCAGCAACGCCACGCUGCAAUUGGUGCCAUCACCAUGAUCUUCCUUGUACUUUCAAACGCAACCAGGAACGUAUCCAGGAACGCUCUAGAUCCCAUGACUCUCCAAGGUGUAGAUCUGAAUCAUCAAUCGGGCCCGCCAUUAAGACAAAGUGGACCGGACUUGACCUUUACUCUUACAGUCGGGCCCCAGAACAAUCUCCAUGUCGGAGGACAUGCUCUCGGGAAUUUAUGCACUUUCAAUGGCCUGCCAUUUUUCUCCGCUACUGGCCGCCAGUGGAUUAAGGAACGCACCGGCGAAGAUGUAAAGCUUGAGUAUACGUCACCAAGGCCAUCGAUACUCGACCCGUCAACGCCCAAUGGGGUCGCGCAUGCAGUACCGCUUCCGGACAAGGGAAUUCUGUGUCAGCUGCAUGACGAGUGGAAGAAUUCAAUCCUUUCCAGAAUGUUUCCGUUUGUAGACCGAGUGCUCCUUGAAUCAACUGUCGCUGCCGCCUACCAUAACGAAACGAGUGUCUCAUCGCCUGGUGCUGACAGCGCUAGGGCCUGCAUUCAUGCGUUCACGGCAACCUGUGUACAUUCCGCAGACCAGCAACAUGGGCAUAGAGUAGUACAUACAGAGGACCAUCUUCAGACCGCCCACGACUUGGUCCCCCGGAUGCUGCACGAGUCUGUUACCAUAGAUGGCCUGCAGGCCGUUCUGAUGAUAAGUCUUUGCUCCUUGGUAGUCACAGGGAAUAUCCUGAUACUCGAGAUGUUACUCACAUCUGCGAUACGCUUCGUCUUCCAUCUAGAUGGUCACCUUGCCCCAAAUUAUUUUUGGAUAUGUUAUAUCAUGGAUAAGGAGUUUAGUCUACGCGCGGGUCAUCCUCCGUGCCUGGAUGAGAGUCAGUGCGACCUCACACUCCCUGAUAUCCACCACACUGCGCCAGAAUUUCUCGCAGGCAUACGUCUUGCCAUGCUUCAAUCUGAGGUGUAUCAUCGAUUAUACUCCUUGAAAGCUUUGCGCCAGACAGAUGCCCAGUUAUUGGGCGCUAUUCGCGAUCUCGACAGCGCCUUGGAAGUUUGGAGAAUGUCUGUUCCCACCAACUUUCGGCCACGCCUCAUUGAUCGGGAAACAAACGCCAUGGACACUCCAAAUACAAUCUUUCAGUUACACUACCUGUACUGCAUGAGUAUGAUACAUCAAGCAAGUGGAAGAUGCUCUGCCUGGGUCCAGAAUCACGAUACAUCUGAAGCGGGAUCGAGUCUCGCUAUCAGCGUUGAAGCCAGUCGAUCGAUGCUGCAGAAGUUCCUAGACGACCGUCUUGAUUUCAAUAAGACUAACUUGAGGUUUACUCUUCCCUAUUUCCUGACAGCUAUCUGUCAUCUUUUUUCUAACAUUCUUUUUAAUCCAACGCACGGUGGCAUUGAUGACGACUUGGAACUGUUCAUGUCAGUGCCAACUCAUAUCAGAUCACGCGUACCGCCAGAAAUUCCGAGAUUGUCGGCUUAUCACAUCAAGCUCUUCGAAAACUUCGUGAUGGAAUUAGGACGCCUUGCUAGUAGUGCUAUUAACAAGGCGCGAGCAGGAUCACAACAUAUGAACUAA